AUGCUUCUUCCGAUCCUGCCUGCGGUGUCUUGCUCUGGUGGCAGAGAGAAAGUCGAUCCAUCCCUGGACACUUACAUGCGCAGGUGGACAGGUCCAGAUCUGGGAAUCCCAUGCACACACUUUGGCGCUGUCCUUGGCCAGGAAACCCUCAAUCCACAAACUCGGGACAAGAGGCCGCCUUUCCCCCUCCGUGUGUCUGCCCGGGAGCCUACACAUUCUGGGCGGACGGUUUGA